AUGAGAGUGUGUUAAGUAAAAUUAAGAACUCAAAAUUUAAAUAAAAUGAGCAAAUGCAUUUUAAAGUAAAAAAAGAGCACAAGUGUGUUCAAAAUCAAAAAGAAUUUCAAAAAAAUUCCUUUUCUUAAGCUGUAAGAAGAGGUUAUAAGUGGGCAUAUUCCUCGCCAUCUCCAAACAUAUCUUCCUUCUUGCCAUGGGACAAAUUAAACAGAAAAGAGUUAGAUUAGGAAGUAGUUAAGGAGGCUAAUUCAAAAAUAAAUAUCUCCUCAUAUCAUGGAUGAUAUAGUAGAAAGCUAUUAGGAAUUAUUAGCUCACAAAUACCUCUAAAAUGGAGGGAGCAUUUAAAAAAGAGUUUUGUUAAAUAGCUUGAAAGAUAAAAUUUGGCAAUCUUAUUAAGAAAAAUUGACUUCAAAAUAACCAUCUAGUUAAUUUCAAUAAGAACUAGUAGAAAAGAGCAAAAUAAGCAGCCAAGAAAAAGCAAAAAAUGAAUAGAAUACUUAGAAAUAGUUUUAAGUAUCAAAAUGUUAAGCUUCAUAUCUCAAUGAAAAUGAAAAAAAAUUAAAAGCUGAGAGCAUUUCUUUGCCUAAUUGCUAUUCGUUUUAGAAUGAUUAAAAGGAAUAUUUAAGAGAGAAAAUUGAAUGUUAGCAGUAAUACAUUGAAAUAUUAGAGCUUGUAGAUCAAAAUUCACUAAAAGAGUAAUAAGACCAUGAAAAUAAUUGUGAAUUUUAUUCAAUAAUAAAAGAAAAAUUAAACGUCAAAAAGCAUUAGUAAAAAGGAAAGCAUUUAAAUAAUUAAACUAACAAAGGAAAUUAUUAAGCUAAAGUUACCUUAACUUAGAUAUAAAGACAGAAUUUGAUUAAUUUAAUUAUCAAAAAUCAAAUAAACAAAUUCAAUAGAAAAUUAAUUCAUAUCGCUGAAAAUUAAUUGAGUUUUCCUUAAUUCAGAUUCAAAAUUGAAAAGUAAAUCAAUAAUGGAAGAAAUAAAUUAUUAGAAGAAAAAGCAUAUCAAACAUUCUGCUAGACAUAAAAACAAAAUUUGAUCUAAGCAUAUUGCUUUUAAAUGAAAACUGAUUCAAAUGAAAAGAGAACUUCAAAUUAAACUUCUAUUUAGCAAUAAAUCAAUAAAUAGGCUGAAACUGAAUAAAAUAUUAGCUAUUUAAACUUUGAUAAUAACUAAUUUAAAGUAUUAUAAGCCUUAAAACUCUAAACAGAUAUAUAAUACUUAAAAUUUAAAGACAAUAGUUAGCUUUAAUGUCAAGAAUUAUAUAAAUAAGCUUAGAAGAAUAAAAUUUUAGGUGGAGGUAUAUGUGGCAGUAAAUUAAAACUAAAAUCUGUGAAACCAGAAGAAUCAUAUUAACAGAUAAAAAAAGAAAUCAAAAUUAAAAGUACAACAAAUUAGAGUUAAGAUGAUAGAAUUAAGGAAGAAUAGCGAAUUAAUAGAAAAUUCGAAAGAUUUAAUUCAAAAUAUAAUAAAUAUUUUGUCAUCAAAGAAUAUAGUGAUGCAUAAGAUAGCUUAAAUGUCUUAGAAACUGAUGUAAGAGAGAUAAUAGAAAAAACACUUUUUAAAUUCAGAGAGUAAAUAAUUUUGCAAGAACUUAGACCAAAAGUCAUAGACAUUAUAAAUUUACUUAUCAACUAUCUUCUUAUUAUAAAAUAAAACGAUUCUAAGUCCUCUGUGCAAUCUGAUAUUAAUGAGAUAAGCGAUAAGUUAUAAAAACUCAUCCUUUAUUGUAAAGAAAAUAAAGAGAGACAUCCGUGUUUAGAUUUAUUUUAAUAUUUUGACAUUUUAAAGUCUUUGAAUGCUUAAAGAGUUGGUUUAGAUGAAGCAAAUAAGCACGUGGCUACACAAAUUAUUGAAAAAAUAUUUGAGGUUGCUAAGUUUGGAGCUGGGUUUGUCAGUAUUGCAGGUGCUAUCAAAAAUUUAACUGAAUUUGAUUACAAUAAACUGAAAGGCUUCAUAAAUGAUAUAAGAAUCAUAGUAGAAAAAUUAACUUCUGAUACUGUUGAAGGGUCAAUUAAUUAAGGGUUAGGUGUUUACUCUGAUUACAAUAGCAGUAAUAUAUCCAACAAUAUGCUGUCUUUAUGGCUAAGAAAGGUUUAAUAUAUGGGAGAGAAUCUUUCUGAUCAGAUUUUAGAAAUUAUUUUCUAUUUGGAAGAGUGUGAUAAAAUUAAAAAUAAUGACACUCGAUUAUUUGUUUACAUGCAAUUGAAUUAUUUGCUAUCCAAGCAGCUAAUAAAGGACAAUUUUGAAGGACUACGUUAGAAAUUAGAAGAAUAGAAUAAAAUAAAACUUAUUAUCAAUUAAUAGAAGUUUUUAUAAUUGAAUGAGUAUUCUGAUGGAAUUAUUGAUUAGCUCAAAAGUCUAGCUAAUUUCAUAGCAUAGAGUCAUUAAUUUAGAUACAUAAAAGCUUAAUUACUUCUACAUUUUGCUUAAAUCUUAUCAGUCUAAAACUAAAACGAAUUUAAAGACAUGAUGAAUAAUAUCAUCUCAAAUUAUUUAAUCGAGAAAUAAAAAUCUGUUAAGAUUGUGAGCGAAUACAAUUAAAUUAUGGCUGAGUUUAUUGAUAAUUAACUUGAUAAAACUCAAAUUUUGAAUCAAAUUAGCUAGCAGAAAAAAUAAAUGACUAAACUUUUAGAUGAUAAGUCAGAUUUCGAUAACUUCGCAUAUGAUAUUUAAAAUGAAAAAGAUUUAGACAAACAAUUAGCUAAAUAUUUUGUUUAAAUUUGGGAAUAAAGUGUCAAGCAAAGAUAGAACAAUCUUGAAAUAACCCAUAAAGAUGAUGUUUUGCUGGAAGCGAUUCAUUUGUAUGUUAAUUAAUAGAUAACAUUUUAAGAUGGCCAUAAAUUUUACACAGAAGAAUAAGAUGCCUAGAUAACACUUUAAGAUGGCAAUAAAUUUAACACAGAAGAAUAAGAUGCAUAGAUAGCAUUUUAAGAUGGCAAUAAAUUUAACACAGAAGAAUAAGAUGCAGUGAAAUAAAUUUUUGAUAAAUUCCUCAUUCCUAACUUUGUAUUUUCUUAAGAAGAAGCAAAUAAAAAUGAUUAAUUAAAUUAAAAAUCAACAUGUAAAAUCAUAUCAAUUUUAGCAGAAGGAGGUUCUGGAAAGUCAAUGCUCUUAAAAAAAAUUGAAGUCGAAAUUCUCAGUGAUAAUUCAAAAUAUAAAAGUGACAACAGAACUGAUUUUAUACCAUUUAUAAUUAAAUGCAACUCGUUAGAUAAUGAAAAGCCUUCAAUUGAAGACUAUUUAGAAUCUUUAAACAUAAGGAGAAAAGAUAUUGAUAAUUUAAAGAAAUCUGAGAGAAAUAAGCUUAUCAUGCUUGAUGGCUAUGAUGAAUAUACAGGUGAUUAUUUUAAGGUUUACCAAAAGCUAAAUCUUAACGAGUGGGUGAAUACUCUAGUCAUUGUAACUUCUAGAUUAGAAAAAAUCACUGUUUCUGAUGCUAAAUUCUACUUUAAUUACUACGACAAUUAAGGAAACAUAGGUCAUAGUGAUUCAUAUGCAAUCUUCAAACUGGAAAAAAUAACUAAACAAGACAUUGAAGAUUACUUAGAGAAGUAUAAAAAUUAAAAAUAAUAAGAAAAUUAAACAGAUUUUGAUUUAGGACAGCUUGAAAAAUUUUAAAAAAUUAUAUCUAAUAAUAAUUAACUAACUGAAUUGCUAAAGUUGCCAAUCAAUUUGUAUCUUACAACAAGAAUGAUUUUAGAUAUUGACCUAAAUGACGAAAGAAUUUUGAACACUUUCGAGCAAGCUUCAGACUAGAUUGUCAUUUAAGAGUUAUUUUUCUCUUAACAAUUCAAAAAAUAAGCUCAUAUAUUUGUUCAAUAAUAAAAAUACCUUACAUUAAAUGACAAACAAAGAUAAGCAAUAGCAGAAAAAGUAGAAUCUUGCUACUUUGAAUAUUUUUAAUCUAUCGCUAUGCAUAUGUUUAUUUAAAAGGGCUAAAAGUCAAACUUUCUUUCAACAACUAGAGAAUAGAUUAAAUUUUAGCCAAGAAAAGAAGUAUCACUUUUCUUCAAAGAAAAUAAAAUAGAUUUUGAUGAAAUCAUUUAAAAAUUAGUUAAUUAUGUCGAUUCUAGAGUUAUUACGAGAAUUUAAUUGAAACUUGAAGCAAAAAACACUAAAAAUCAGCAUAAAGAAAAUUAAACUUAAAUAUAUAAUUAUAAAAUUGAAGAAAAUUAAUAGCAAGAAUUCGAGUUUAGACAUAAAUCUCUUUUUGAAUAUUUUGCUGCUAGAGCCAUGAAGUAUGAUUUUGACCUACAUAAAGAAAAUAUAUUUAAGUUAGAUAUUUCAUAACUGGAACAAUUCAACAUAAACAAAAGAAUCAUAAUGAGCAUUGAAUAAAAUGCAUCAGAACAAUAAAUUCUUUUAAAACUUUAUAAACUUAUGAAAUCUGAUAUUAAAUCAUAGUUUUUCUACUAAACAUACAGCUUAGAAGAUAUAUCUAAAACAAAUAGAUAUAUUUAAUACCUAAAGAAAUCAAAAAUUUCUAAAAACACUGAAAAGAGCAAAAUAGACAUUGGAGCUUCUAAUUUAUUGUCAGCUCUGUUUCUUUCUAAUUUUUUAUAUCCAAAUUUGAUUUUAAAGAAUUGUUCAUUUUCCUUAGCAUACAUUAAUUCUCAAUUAUAAAAGCUAGCUGAGUUUGAGGAGUGCAAUCUAAGCGAUUCUUUAAUUGAAAAUCAAGACUUAGAAAAAUAUGAAAGUUCAAACAUGAAGAAUGCAAUUUUAAAUGGUUUCUAAAAAAUAAUGGACUCAAAAAACAGUUAUUAAUUUUAUAAAGUAAUAAUAUAAAAAAAUCAUCUCGUAUCAAUAAAUUAGAGUGGUUUUAUUAAUAAAUUUGAGAUAAGCGAAAAUAAUUUCAAAUUAUUAUUGUCAAAGCAGAUUACAAAUAUCCCAUUGAAAAAUAUUUAUUACGAAAGCACAAAAAGUAUUUUUGUUACUCAUUCAAGAAAGUCUCUGUUUGAGAUAAAUUCCAUAACUUUUGAUAUAAUUUCCUCUUUCAAAUUUGUAUCAGAUAUAUCUAGUUUAUCAAUUAAUAAAUCAUAAUAUUUGGUUAAUUUAAUUAACAAUUAAAUAUUUUAAGGGGAUUUUUAAAAAGGAUUCACGCUUUUAAACUAAAUUCAAGCUGAAUCGUUUAUUUCCUUAAAGGAUAUAAUAAUCACUUAUAAAAACAAAGAAAUCAAUAUUUAUAAUUAACAAAAUCUUUAAAUUAUAAAGAAUAUUAAAUAUUUUCCACAUGAUAUUGCAGUAUCUUCAAUUUCUAAUGAUGAAAAGUAUCUGGCAGUUAAAUCAUAAAAUAAAGAUUGCAUAAUUUUCAAUUUACAAAAUUAAUUUGAUAUUAUAAAAACUAUCUAAAAUAAAGAUGAUAUAAUCUCAGUUGCUUUUUCUAGUGAUGGCAAAUAAUUGGCUAUAUUAUCAGAGUAUUAUUGCACUUUAUGGAAUGUGAAUGAGGGAUUUUCAUUCUUGUAGUAAUAGGAAUUAAAAAGUUUAAACAGAUAAUCAGUGACUUUUUCUAUUGAUGGAAGAUAUGUAAUAGCUUGUUUUUAUAGUGGUUGCAUAAUCUAUGAUACAUAAUAAAAGUUAUAAAAGGUAAUUGAGAUCCAAGUACAUACUUCAUAUAUUAAUUAAAUUGCCGUUUCUUCCAAUAAUUAAUAUAUUGCAUCUUGCUCUGAUGAUACUUGCAAUAUUUGGAGUAUUCAAAAUGGUUUAUGGCAAGUAAAUUAAAUUAAAGGACAUAAUAAAAACAUAUAUGAAGUAACUUUUUCGGGAGAUAGUAAAUAUUUAGCAACAACUUCAUAAUAUACAUGCUAAAUUUGGAAUAUUGAAAAAGAUUUCUUGCUGCAUCACACACUUGAAGGAAAUGAUAAUAAUAUUUCCUCAGUUGUAUUUUCUGCAGAUAGCAAAUAUCUAGCUACAGUUAACUCUGACUGUCUUUGUAUAAUUUGGGAUGUAGAUAAAAGAUUUUAGCUUCUUCAUUCAAUUAAUGCACAUGAUUAAAAAAAAAUUAACUCAAUUGCUUUUUCUUUUGAUGGUAAGUAAAUUGCAACAUGUUCUAGGGAUGAUAACACUUUCAAAGUAUGGAAUAUCUAAGAUGGAAUCAAAUUAAUAAAAACUAUUUAGAGUUAAUAUAUAUCUUUAGUGGCUUUUUCUCCAAAUGGCAAAUAUUUAGCAACUGGCAAAAGUGGUAAUAUUAAUAUCUGGAAUGUUGAAAAAGGAUAUGAAUUUUUAGAUACAAUUUAAGCACACUCGGAUAAUGUUGGCUUUAUUGUAUUUUCUGCAAAUAGUAAAUACCUUGUAUCAUGUCCAAAAGUUAUCAAUGAAAAUGAAUGCAAGAUUUGGAAUGUAGAUAAGGGAUUUUAACUUGUUAAAAAGAUAAUGAUUCAAUCUCUACCUGGAGUUAGUACAAUGUAAGCUGCUUUUAGCCAAGAUUCAAAGUAGCUUGUAAUAGGUAAUAAAAUUUGUUUCAUAAUUUUGAAUUUAGAAAAAGGAUAUGAGAGCAUAUAGACAGAAGUAAAAAAUAUUCGCAAGAAUCCCUCUUUUGCUUUUUCCUCAAAUUUCGUAAUUAAUGAUAGUUAUUUUUGCGAAUCAUGGAGUAUAGAAAGAGGAUUUGAGCUUAUAAAUAUAAUUUAAACCUAUAGAAAUGAUAUGUAAAAUCCUAAUUUCUCUUCAGAUGGUAAUUAUCUAGUAACUACGAAUUGGUUUUAGAAUGAUUUAAGACUCUGGAGUGUAGAAAAAGGAUUUAAGUUAAUAGAUAAAAUUGAAGUAGGAUAAUACAUUGAAAAGAUUGCUAUUUCCCCAGAUAGCAUGUUUCUUGCUACAUUAAUAGGCUAAGAUAUAAAAAUAUGGAACAUUUAAAACUAAUUUUAACUUAUUACUACAAUUCCACUUUCACUACUUUCACUGAAAAUGGAUUAUGUUUUCUUGUUAUUUAAUUUAUUACUAAAUGAAAAAUAUCUAGCCUUUUCAUUCAUGAAAAUAUGUUAAAUAUUUGAUGCAAAGGAAAAUUUUAAGCUAAUACAUACUAUUGAAAUUGAAAAUGAAAAUGAAUUGGAAGAUAAUUUAACAUCAGUGACUAUUUCUUCAGAUGGCAAGUACCUUGCAACUAGUCGUGGUAACUGUACUUGCGAAAUCUGGAGUAUAAAAGAAAAAUUUAAUCUCGUAAAAAUGAUAAAAGGUAAUGAUAUGAAUUCUGUUAUUUUUUCUGCAGAUUGCAAAUAUCUUGCUAUUUAUUCGUCAGGUAGUCCAUAUAGAAAAGGUCUAUAAAACAAUUUUUGUGAAAUUCGGAAUGCAGAAAAUGAAUUUUCACUCAUAACAAGAUUAAAUUUUUCUUUUAUAAUUACUUAAGUAGCAUUUUUUUCAGAUAACAAGUAUCUAGCAGUAAAUAUUGAAGAUGAAACUUGUAAAAUCUAUAAUUUACAAAAAGAGUUUGAAAUAAUGAAUUUAAAUGAAUUUGAGGAUAGUGAAAUUAAAUAAACUGCUGCUUCUUAGCUUGAUAGUUAAUUAAGUAACAGUCUUUUAGAUAAAUUAGUUAAACAUAAUAAAAUUUUCUAAUAAAUUUAUGAACUAUGA